CUAAUAUAUGUAAAUAACCUACCACCUCGAAUCCCUAUAUACUACACCUUAACACCUUUGAGAAUGCCUCGUCCGUGGGAAUUUAACGAAGAGGGCCCUGAGCCGGAAGAGGAGCGACGAACCCUGCUCCGAGAAGGCAAGGAAAAAGCGCAGCGCUUCUUUUCCGAAUUCAUCGACUUCGCUUUCUCGGGCAACAUCCUUGAAAUUGCAUUCGGUUUGAUCCUAGCAACGGCAUUUACAGCCGUCACUACCUCGCUCGUGAGCGAUAUACUUCUUCCUCCACUCUCCAUCAUCCUCCCGCUACGAAGAAACAUAGGCGAGAAGUUCGCGGUGUUGAGACCAGGGCCGAAUUACAACGACCAAGAUGGCUACAACACCCUAUACCAGGCGCAGAGCGAUGGAGCCGUCAUUCUAGCUUAUGGUGUAUUUCUCAACAAGGUCAUCAAUUUCCUAGGCGUAGGCCUAGCCUUGUACGGCCUAGGAAGCUUGUACCAGUGCCUGUCGCACGAUCCUAUCAUUAAGCAUACCGUCAAGUGUCGAUACUGCAAAAAGAAGAUUAGCUCAAAGGCAAUCCGAUGUGUGAAUUGCACUAGCUGGCUCGAUGGGCGAGAAGAGCGGAUGCGAUAGACGACCCAUAGUUACGAGUUGCUUAUCGGAAAUACUGGGUGAAUAUCGUGUUUCCGGUCAGUACCUAAUGCCUCGAAUCUAACUCCUUUUUCGGGAUGUAACUAUUCUAAGUGUUGGGUAUUCUUUUUUUAGAGAAUAUCUCAUAUAAACACUUUGAUAGGCUUUAGAUCGCUUGAGUUAGCAUGUUCGAUCCGAUCAUUCUCGUCAUUGGGCUUCGGUGUUGGCGUAGAUUGGCGUAGAUCGGCGCAGAGCACCAGUGAAGUUGGAGGAAACGUCACAAGGGGAAAUCCGGUUUCAGGGAGGGGGUAUGGCGUAUGUUGGGAGAGUGUUUGCUAGUACUUCGCUAGUACUUCUUAUCCUUCUCGAGAUAUCGUUGAAUGGAAUUAUUGGCUGUAAUCAAAGACUCCUUGAUUAAUAGUGAUCGCAAUUGUUGUAAUUAUGAAAUUC